AUGGGAAGUGAAGAGAAGCUACCAAGUCUCAAGAUUGAUAUGAAUGUUGCGGUCAGAAACAAAUGGCAUCCGAUCAAAGUUCUCGGUUCUGGAGCAUUCGGAAAGGUUCUCCACGUCAUCAACACUUCCGAUGGAUCAGACGCAGCGAUGAAAUUAGAGAAAGCAGGAGAAGGAAAAGAUUCAGUGUUGAAGAUUGAAGUGGAAGUGAUGCGUGCUUUGAACGGUGUCAAAUGUGCAAUUCAAUAUCUUGACACUGGAAAUGAACCCGAUUAUCGAUUCCUUGUAAUGACUUUGUGUGGAAUGGAUUUGCAGAAAGUUUAUAACUGUCUUAAUGGAAAAUUCACGGAUUCCACGAUUCUACGUCUUGCGAUUCGUAGUUUGUUAGCUGUGAAAGCGCUCCACGAGAAAUGUUAUAUCCAUCGAGACUUGAAACCAUGUAAUGUCACUUUGGAUUACAAUGAAGAGUCACCAAUCAUUUAUCUGAUUGAUUUCGGAAUGGGAAGACAAUACGGAAUGUUUCUAGAGCAGAUCGAGAAUGGAUUUGGUAUCCGUCGUCCGAGAGAUUCAUGUCGUUUCCGUGGAACGUAUCGUUACUGUUCUCCACGUAUGCAUCUUCGUAAAGAACAAGGACGCGUCGAUGAUCUUUUCGCUUGGCUGUAUAUGAUUGUCGAGUUGAGAGUUGACUUGCCGUGGGCUGAUGUUGUGAAUCCGGAUAGAAUUGAAGUGUUGAAACAGGAGAAAUUCGAUGCAGCUAUUGCCAGUAAACCAUUAACUCGAUCACUUAUUCCGAUUCAUGAACAUCUGAAGUCUCUCGAUUAUGCCGAUCGCCCAAAUUAUUGGUUCAUUUACGAACAUUUGGCCAAAAUGAUGGUUGAUAUCAAGGCAAAACAUACGGAUCCAAUGGAUUAUGAUGAGUUGAGAAAAAAGAAGGAAGAGAUGGAUCCAAUCAAAAAGAAGUACUUGAAGAAGCCACGUGUCAUUGAGAAACCAAUGGAUGAGAAGGCGACAUUGACUAUGUUUGAAGAAUCAUUCCGUCCGAAUGCCAAAGAUGUUCCGGGAGGAGAACAACAUAUUGUCAAGCCACUCAUCAAGUUGCCAUGGGGUUCUGUUGGAGCAGAUAUAGUUGCAACGAUGAAAGAUGACCAUAUUGGUGACACAGAGGAAGACAGGAAAAAGGAUAACGAUGGUGAAGAGAAAAAGAGAGAAUCUGAAAGAAGAAAGAAGGAUGGUGAGAAGAAUGAUGAUAAGAAAAAGGACGCGAGAUCGAAAUCGAAGAAGGAAAAGAAGCUGGACAAAUCGAAAGAAUCGAAGGAUCCAAGGGAAUCAAAGCGUCGUAAUACUGAUCGUGAGACACAUGCGAAACCAAAAGAAACGAAAGAUGCGGAGCAGAGGACUAAUAGAAAUAACAACAAUAAUAGUGACACUCCGAAAAAGAAUAAGAAAUCAAAGACAAUAACUCAACAUCGUAAAAAAGAGAAAGGAAGUAACAAGAAGGAGAGACCUGAAUCUUCUGUGAAGGAGAGCUCGAAGAGAAACAAUGGUGCGAAUGCUCGUCCACCGGCGGUUCUCUCCGUUGCAGCUGCUCAGAAAAAGAAGAUGUAG